UCUAAUGACCCUUCCAUUCGUCGCAUUCUGCCGCAGGACUCCCAGAACGCCCAGAGCGUCGGCAUGAACAGCUAUACUUUUGCGCCCCAGCAAUACCCUCAGAGGGAGACCCAGAAGAAUUAUGUCUUCGUUGAUGAGCACAAUCGCCAUAAGCGGCUCAAAGUUAUGAGAGCCUGCGAAGGCUGCCGGAGACGGAAGAUCAAGUGUGAUGCUGCCACCACGAAUACUUGGCCCUGCAGUGCCUGCAUUCGCCUCAAGCUUCACUGCGUCCGACCGAAUGGAUACGAUGGCGCAACCGAUUCAACGACGUAUGAGGCCUUUGUCCCGCCGACGAACCAAUUUCAGCAAAUGGCGAUGCCAUCGCACCAGCAGGGGCAAGCUUCCCUCAAAUCCGAACAAGACGUCUAUGCGCCGCAGGCCGGCUAUCCCGACGCAGCUUCAGCUUCUUUUCAAUCUCUUCCCUACGAUGCUUCGCAACCCCAGCACAAUAUUCACUACACGACGGUUCCCCCACAAAUGUCCAUGGUAGAUCAACAGAUUAACCCUCAGGAUGCAUUCCCAACGCCACCCAUGCAGCAGUCGUCGCAGCCGGGCUCCUCACCCGGCGCCUAUUCCGCCGAUUCUUACCAGCAACAGGAUCUAGCAGAUCUCUUGGGCGGCCUCAAGAUGAACGAGAUCGGAACAGCGCCAUAUCUGAGGAACAAGGCCUCUUUUCGACGCGAAGAUCCGGCAGUUGAAGAUGACGAUGAGUUGGAUCUGCCCCCCAUUUCGAUCGGUGCAGGCCACAGGAUUCGCAUCCCUCCUGAAUUGAUGCCAGAUGACGGAACUGCAAUUCACUACUUCGACCUCUAUUUUACCCAUGUUCAUCCUUACGUCCCCGUGCUCAACCGGUCAAUGUUUUACCGCCAAUGGGCCACCGCCAGAGAAUCAAUUUCCCCGUUGAUCCUUGAAGCUCUGUUUGCGAUUGGAGGGCGGCUCGCAGACGAACCAGCACAGGGCCAACAGUGGCUGGCGCUAGCAUCAAGGCAUGCCGACGCUUUUAUGGAUGUUCCUCGCUUAAGCACUCUUCAGGCGCUGCUAAUGAUUCUCAAGGCCCGAGAAGCUGCACCGAAGCGAGGCUACUACUACCGCUCGUGGAUGACUGUUGUCCAAUGCGUUCAGAUGGCCAAGGAUCUUGGUCUGGAAGAGCACUACGAGGAGCACCAGUCUGGCCGGCCUUGCGAAUAUAGCCCCACAGACUGUCAGCUGCGAACGCGAAUCUGGCAGACAGUCUUUGUUUGUGAAGUCAUGGUGGGGACUCCGCAAGGUCGCUACAACUUGGCUGUCGAUCUCGAUUCUGUAGACUUUAAUGUCCCAAAGCCUAUUCCCGGUGGAGACGAUGCCGAGUAUCACGUCUCGCGCAAUUUCACCUACUUUGCGCGCAACGUGCGAAACAUCGCCAGGAUUACCAACAUUUAUGUUCGCCUAAAGAAGAGAAAGGAUUGGGGAAUCGACCCUGAAUUUCAGCAAAUGGACCAGCACUUCAACGCCUUCUUGGCAGAACUUCCUGCUGACCUUAGCGUGACGUUUCCUCCGGACGGCUCAGCACCCUGGCUGCCCUCACCCUUCCUUGGCAACCUGCACUCAUAUUACUAUCUGACUCUCAUCUUGUUCCACCGACCCCAGCUGUCAUUCCUGGACCCGACGACCCAGGAAGCCCAGUGGAAGCAUCACAUGAUGAUUUGCUACAAUUCCGCUCGUGCUCUCUGCCGUCUGCAGGAAGCUGUUAUCAAUUCAUUCGGAACCAUGGGGCUACAGUGCAUGCAGCGCGGCUUCAGUUUUACUGUCUAUGCCGGACUCUCAUGCAUUGUGCUUCAUCUAGUGGCGAUUGUCUCCCCAGACCCCGAUCUUCAUACCGAUGCGCGAGAAUUCUUCACCCGCCACAUGAGGAUCAUGGAAAAGGUGAUGGAGGCGUGGCCAAUGCCAGAAUUGCAGCGACAGAUCGACGCCGUCAGAGAGGCUUUUUCAGCUGACGUUAGGAAGCCUUUUGUUCUGAAGCCGUCUUUCCCCUACGGAAGCCCUCAUCCAUCUCAUAGUGCCAGUCCUCCAGGAUAUCGCGGCAUGCAGCGCGCUGGUUCCAUGGAGCAAGCACUGGAUUCGAGCGGCAAUCAAACAGUCAGUUACAUAAGCCAUCCCAUAUCACCUCCAAUUUCUACCGGCGGUCUGGACAGUAAGAGUGACUCCCCAUCUGCACAGUCGCUCGUCAUGAUGCCACAGGCAGUCGGCCCCGGCAUUGCACAGAACAUGGGCCUGCCGGAGCAGCCAGCCUGGAACCCGGCAAGGAUUUUUGAACAAUGGAACACCACAUUUGGUACGCCCGCCCAGUCCGAGCCCAACCCUGUUUCCCCGGCCAGUUCUCUGAACGUUGCUUCGUCCUCAGGUGCACCCGAAGUCCCUACACUUGAAGACAUUCAAGCUGUAAACUCGUCGCUACCGUCCGGCUCACAACACAGUAUUUCCCCACAUCAAUACGUGGCUGCGCCUGUGCCGAAUUUCGUCACGCCCGCGAUGUGGCAGGAGUCUGUAGCCAGCGUAUACGAAGGUGGCCUCAAACGUGCAUGGGAUUACGACGGAACCACGCCGGUAAUGAAGCGCCGCUAGAGGCCUUUCCCAAAUCGAAUGGACCUGGCUUCUGGCUUCUGGCUCCCUACGGCCUCCGAUUCAGGAAUCGAUCUAGCUGCGACCUCCGACUGAGGAAUAAUAAACGAGGUUUCUCGACUGAUUGGCUCAUGCAGGGCCAUGACGCCAUCCGCAACAUGACGAUAGACGUCCCAUGACGAUGCAUACCUUUAUUAGUUGCUCUUUUCUUUAUUUUCUUCUUUCAUCUUUACGGUCAUGUAUAGUUAUCUCCCCAUGCUUUGUUGUUUCAUCCUUGGCUCAUUUUUUUACCUUACGCUGGACGAAGAUGAGCUACUAGGCUAAUUUCUUUUCAUCUUUGUUCGUUUUUAUUACUUAUUCAUUUCGUGUGUUGUUGUUUUCGUGCUAUUCGGACGCGAUCAUCUAUGACGAUCAAUGGGGGUCUCGGCGGCAAGAUGUGAAGGAUGGAUAUAAAAACAAGGGGAGACGGGGGAACAGAGAGAGACGCGGCGCUCCGGCAAAACAAAAGCAAUAUUUGGUAACCAGCAACGCCCUGCGGGCUAUACUGGCGGAGGAUCUUAAUGAAUCUAUGAUGGGCAGAAUUGGCGGUGUUGCAGGUUGAUUCACAUGUUUUCUCAACUCUUGCUUCCUGGUGCAUCGUCUACGUCGGAGUCUCAGGAAUGCAGGAUUAGCUUGAAUGCAGUACAUAUCAUUGGUGUUUAGGGUGAUGCAUAACGGAUCUUUUAUUACGAACACACGGCCACUGUUGGCUAUGGGAACAGCAGCAUCAUGUGCAAGGCAAUGGGCAAUCUUGAUAUUUUGGUGAAUACCUAUGGAAGGAUGAUUUUACA